AUGUCUACUCUAGUAGAGAAGCUUUAUAAUUAUCCUGAACUGAGUAAUUCCUCAUCAAUACGACGCUAAGAGAGCAGAAAUUCAAGAGAUACACCAGAACAACACAAUAAAAAUAAAGACAGAGACGGUAAACAUGUGAAGACUGAAGGUGGAGGACAGACUCAGACUGAAGGUGGAGGACAGACUCAAACUGAAGGUGGAGGACAGACUCAAACUGAAGGUGGAGGACAGACUCAGACUGAAGGUGGAGGACAGACUCAGACUGAAGGUGGAGGACAGACUCAGACUGAAGGUGGAGGACAGACUCAAACUGAAGGUGGAGGACAGACUCAGACUGAAGGUGGAGGACAGACUCAGACUGAAGGUGGAGGACAGACUCAAACUGAAGGUGGAGGACAGACUCAGACUGAAGGUGGAGGACAGACUCAGACUGAAGGUGGAGGACAGACUCAGACUGAAGGUGGAGGACAGACUCAGACUGAAGGUGGAGGACAGACUCAGACUGAAGGUGGAGGACAGACUCAAACUGAAGGUGGAGGACAGACUCAGACUGAAGGUGGAGGACAGACUCAGACUGAAGGUGGAGGACAGACUCAGACUGAAGGUGGAGGACAGACUCAGACUGAAGGUGGAGGACAGACUCAAACUGAAGGUGGAGGACAGACUCAGACUGAAGGUGGAGGACAGACUCAAACUGAAGGUGGAGGACAGACUCAAACUGAAGGUGGAGGACAGACUCAAACGGCUGCAGGGAUGA